AUGGUGGUGCACAAAAGUAAGCGUGAUGGAACAAUAUCUGAAAUAAAUGUAUUAGUGACACUAACAAGUGUAUCCCUAGAAAACAUCGGUCCCCAUCGUGUCUGUUUCUAUCCACAACCAACACCAUCCUACCGGAAUCCAAACGAAAAUCGUCCAGUUGAAUUCUCGAAGAAUCCCAUUGGCUCAGCAUCGAAAAAUAUCAGCCGAAAAGUUUCCAGUUAUUCGAAAAUGUCAAGUUUGGCGAGAGUUGCUUGGGUUAGUGGUUACACAUAA